AUGGCAAUAAACUUCAUAUCUAAAUCCAAUAAUAAAAAUUUCAUAAUAUUUUCAGAUUCAUUAUCAACAGUUACGGCGCUUAAACAAUAUAGACCUCCACACAACCUUAUAAUUCAAACGCAAAACAGGAUACAUGAUAACUUAUAUGAUAACAAUGGUAAGAAAAUAACUCUGAUAUGGAUACCCAGUCACAUAGAAAUUCAGGGUAAUGAGGAAGUCGAUCAACUGGCAUCACAAGCUCACAAUAUUCCAAUAUCAAAUCUUCCCAUCCCACACAAUGAUUUAAGAUUUUGGACAAAAAGCAACCUUAUCUGGGUCUGUUACCAGAGAAAGAAACAUUCUAGCAGAGAAGCAGCUCCAUCUGAUGCAACACAAAUUCUUCCAGACGACGAAGCCAAAAAAGUACCUAAGAAGGUAAUAAUCGACGUCACAGGGAGAGCUAAAAAACUUCACGCAAGAGAUGAAAAGACAUUGAAAAAUGAAAAGAAAUCUUUAUUGGGAAGCGAUAAAAAUGUCGGUUCCCAUAAGAACACUGUCGUUGGUAGUAGAAAAAGUUUGUUUGGCGAAAUGUUUAAAGAAACAAACGAACAUUCGAAAAAUGACAAAACAGCACAUCCAAACCAAAAGGUUAUUAAGAGUUUUAGUAUUGAUAUUCUAAAAGGCAAACUCGCAGAGAAGAAGGAUGGUAAAAAGAAACCAGAAGAAAAACAAAAUAAGAAAAAAGAUGUUCAAAAAAUGAAACCAACACAAGAAAAACAAAAUAAGAAAAAAGAUGUUCAAAGAAUGAAACCAACACAAGGCAUUUUAAAAAUAACUGAAAGUAAACCAAAAGAAAAAAAUAAAAUAAUUCCAAGCAUACAACAACUUCCUAAAAUUCCAUCCAGUGUGAAAAGCGCAAUCGCGAAUAAAGAAGGAAAAGAAGAAGAAGAAGAAGAAAACGAAGAAGAAGAAAAAGGUGAUGAAAGUUCUGGAGUAAAAGAAUAA